UCUACGUCAUGCUCUUGUCCUCGCGUAAAUCCUCCAUGCUUGUUUCUUUGUGCAAGUGUUUCCUGCGAAUAAUCGUCGGAUAAUCGUGCGCUUAGAUAAGCAAAACGGAAACGAAAAUGUGCGUUGUAAUUUACUAAAACGGAGAUCGACAAAUUGAAACGAAUCGAAAGACGAACGAGAGUGAGUUUGAGUUGAAAGUAGUUGAAAUAUGGGAGGUCCUUCAUCCGCGAUCGCCGAAGCCAACAUAUUCAACGAACUUUGCAUUAUAAAAAAUCAGAUAGAGAAAUUAAUUGCAAUACAGUCUGCCAAAAAGAUGAAUUGUCCAAACAGAAAUUUCAUAUAUGUGAAGCCUCAAGUUUGUACAGCUCCAAAGAAUGAAAUCAGUUUUAUUUCUGCGUCAGUACCCAAGAAAUCAAGUCAAAAUCAACAUAUAGAUCCGAAAUUGCUUCCUACAACAAGUGUACAUAUUAAUCCCAACUUUAUACCGCAAAAACCAACGGUGCAUAUCAAUCCAAGUGUUCAUGCUAAAGAUGUUCAUAUGAUCCAUGUAAAUCCAAAAAUAAUGAAUCAUAUAGUUAAUCCAAAUCAAUGUACACCAAGUAAUAGAGCGAAUCUGAGUGCAACAGAAACAAACAUAGACAAGACUGUUAAUCCAUCAAAUGUCAAAACAUCUAUACAUGUUAAUCCAACAUUGUUAAAACACUUAAAAGAAACAAUGACAAAUUCUAAAGAACCAGUCACAAAAGAGCAAUCUGUUUGCUCCAAGUCAAAGCCUUUUAAAAACAUUAGUAAUCAGAUUUCUCCAAAGAGAACUAGUAACACUGGCAUUGUGCAUUUGUCAAGAAGAAAACUUGUGAGAGUAGCUUCUACUACAAAAGUAUCAAAAACCCCAAUAUCUCAAGGUAACAAAUCUAUCAAUAGAUCUAAAGUGACCAAGUAUAAGAUAGACAGAACUGUAUUGCAAGUAAAGAAACUUAAAAGAAAUUGUUUAGAAAGAAGAAAAGUGAGAGACGACAUGACAAAGCUUGUCACUAUUGGUGAUAUUGUUUACAAAGCUUCGAAAAACAAAUUAGUUCGAAACAACUCGCCAUUGAAACGGAGAAAGUCGAUUAGUGGAAAAAGCAGUAAACUCAGUAUUGCUACUAGUGCUAAAAAACAGCGAGCUCUUAGAAGAAGCUUUAACAUGCUAAAUCGCACGUUAGAAACAAGUAGCAAAACGCGACAUUCUUUCAAUAUAUCGCCAAAAACAACAUAUAAAAAUAGUAUUAGCAACAAAGCAAAACAGAAAAGCAUUCGCAUUUUGCGAAAUAAAAUGCACAAAAAUAAUCAGCCGUGUUUAAUAUUUCAACGAUUUGGUUCUUGUCCGAAUCACAACAAAGGCACUUGUCCCAAAAAACAUGAUAAGAAACAAGUAUCACUUUGUAAGAAAUUUCUGCAAGGGAAGUGUCUCUUGGACAAGUGUCCUCUAUCGCACGACAUUGGACCCGAAAAGAUGCCAACGUGCAAGUACUUCCUCGACGGCCGUUGCACAAGGGACAAUUGUCCCUAUGUCCAUGUCAAAGUGUCUUCGACCACACUGAUAUGCAUAGAUUUUCUGCGAGGAUAUUGCGCCAAGGGAAAUAAGUGCCAGCGACGUCACCAAUAUCUUUGUCCCGAAUUCGACCGAGCGGGAAAGUGCAAACUCGAAAAGUGUCCCUAUCCCCACAAGUCCCAUUCCUCUCAUCCUGAAAAGAAUGCGAAAUAUUCGAGCAAAACGCGCGACGUGCGAGAACACCAAGCCGCGUCAACUGCAAGGAACGAGUCCGAGACACCGAACCCAGAAAGCAGACCAAGAUAUUACGAAGUAACAAACGACGUAUCUCGAGAAUUUGAGAAGAAAAAAGACACUGUGCAUUGUAUCGACUUUGAUUCAUCUGUGAAGGAAACGGACAAGUCCUUGCCGCGAGAGAAUGGACACGCGUCGGAAACGAAGAGUAAUACGAAAGAACAGGUUUGUAUCGGCGGUUAUAUUCCUAUCGAUCCUUCUAAUUAACGUUUUAUACAUGUACAUUAAUUUUAGAGCAAUGAAUUUUUCAGUUACUUUAAAGGUUUUGCCAUCGAGUCACUUACGAAUUAAGUUAAUAUAGUAUUUUUAAUG